UUUUAGCAAAACUAACUAUGCCUAAAAAGGAUUUAGCCAAGCUUUAUCAGAAGAAGACCCCGAUCGAGCAUAUUCUAGAUAGACCGGACACCUACAUCGGAAGUACUGAGUUCAGUGACGAGAAGCCCCUCUGGGUCUGGGAUGAAGAUUCUCAAGGAAUUGUUAAGAAGCCUACCAAGUAUGUUCCCGGUCUUUACAAAAUCUUCGAUGAGAUUUUAGUCAAUGCUGUUGAUAACUUCCAUAAGAGCAAGGAGGAAGGAAUCAACAUGACUUCUAUCAAGGUGACCAUUGAUAAGGAACUGAAUAAAAUCUCUGUAUGUAAUAAUGGAGAAACUAUCCCUGUUGAGAUCCACCCAGAGUACAAAAUUUAUUGCGCGGAAAUGAUCUUCGGCCAAUUAUUAACAUCCUCCAACUACGACGAUGAGAAAGAAAAAGUUACUGGAGGAAGAAAUGGAUAUGGAGCCAAACUGACAAACAUUUACUCGACUAAAUUUGUAGUGGAGACAGGGGAUAUCAAGAAUAGUCUGUCCUUCAAGCAGACUUUUUCUAAGAACAUGUCAAACAAAGGGGAUCCGAUCAUCAAGGAAUAUAAAGGAAAAGAUAACUAUACUAAAAUCACUUUCAUUCCUGACCUCAGGAGGUUUGGAAUGGAUGGAUUUGACGACGACAUCAUGGCUAUUUUCACUAAAAGAGUCUAUGACAUAGCAGGGAUUACUCCUGCCUCAGUAAGAGUCUACCUCAAUGAUAAAAGAGUUGAAGUCAAGAACUUUAAAAGUUAUGUUGAUCUCUAUUUCAAGAACAAAGAAAUCGUCGAGGAAGAACUCAAUGUUUUCUACGAAAAAGAUAAGAAGGGAAGGUGGGAAUUCAGUGCAUGAUUAUCUGAAGGAGACUUUCAACAAGUAUCCUUUGUAAAUUCAAUUUGAACCACUCUUGGAGGAACCCAUGUUGAUUACCUUGCAGACCAAAUUACUUCUCACGUGCAAACGAUUUUAAAAUAAGAAGCAUAAGAAAGAUAUCAAACCAAAUCAGAUAAAGGCAAACCUAUGGUUAUUUGUGAACUCCCAGAUAGUUAACCCAGCUUUUGAUUCUCAGACGAAGGAUACUUUGACUACGAAGCCAUCCAAGUUCGGUAGCACCUUUAUCCUUCCUCCAAAGUUCCUCCAGCAGAUGGCGGAAACAGGCCUCACAGAGCUCGUACUAAAAGUUGCUGGUGCUAAAGAAGAAGCCAAACUCAAAAGACUUGGGGGUAAAAGGAAAAAGAGAGUCACCGGUAUUGAUAAGCUCGAUGAUGCAAACAUGGCUGGAAGAAAAGAUGCUGAUAAAUGCACUCUCAUCAUUACCGAGGGAGACUCAGCAAAGACCUUUGCUGAUGCAGGCAUUGCUGAAAUAGGAAGAGACUACUUUGGCACCUUCCCGCUUCGAGGAAAGUUCCUUAAUGUUCGAGAUGCACCUAUAAAGAAGAUCACAUCUAAUAAAGAAAUUCAGCAUUUAUUAGAAAUCCUUGGACUCAAAAUUGGAACCAAAUACACUGAUAAAAAGAACUUGAGAUAUGGAAACUUAAUGGUGAUGGCUGAUCAAGAUCAUGAUGGAUCUCAUAUCAAGGGGCUUGUCAUUAACUUUAUCCAUAAGUUCUGGCCCAGCUUGAUCAAGAUGAACACAUACCUGAAGGAAUUCGCUACUCCAAUCAUUAAAGCAAGGAAAGGAGAUCGUCAAGUUGAGACUUUCUUUACACAACAAGAAUAUGACCAAUGGAAAAGGGGACAAGGAAGAAAUCUGAAAAAGUGGACUAUCAAGUACUAUAAAGGGCUGGGAACGUCAGAUAACGAAGAAGCUAAAGAGUACUUUAGCAGGCUUGAGGAUCACACACUCAAUUUUAGAUACACAGGACCUGAUGAUGAUAAGCAAAUUGAGCUUGCUUUCUCAGACAAACUUGCAGAUGCUCGUAAAGAAUGGCUAAAUACUUAUGACGAAAAUGAGUUUGUUGAUCACUCAAACACCCAUGUCACUUACAGAGACUUUGUGAAUAAAGAAUUAAUUGGAUUCUCCAGAUACAACUGUACAAGAGCUAUUCCUUCAGUCUGUGAUGGAUAUAAGCCUGGACAAAGAAAGAUUAUGUUCUCAUGCUUCAAAAGAAACUUAGUCCAAGAAAUGAAAGUUGCUCAGCUGAUUGGAUAUGUCGGUGAAAAAUCAGCCUAUCAUCAUGGAGAGCAGUCUCUUGCAACCACCAUAGUUGGUCUAGCCCAAAAUUUUGUGGGAAGUAACAAUAUUAGUGUCCUUGAGCCAAGAGGACAAUUCGGAUCUCGAGCAAUGGGUGGUAAAGAUGCUGCCUCAGCAAGGUAUAUCCAUACAAAACUUGCUCCUAUAACUGAUAAGAUUUUCCAUCCUCAUGAUAAGUUCUUACUAAAAUAUCUUACUGAAGAUGGUCAUAGUAUAGAACCCCAGUAUUAUGUCCCAGUUAUCCCAAUGGUGCUUGUAAAUGGCUCUGAAGGUAUAGGAACUGGGUGGAGUACUAAUAUCCCAUGCUACAAUCCAUUUGAGAUCAUCCAAGCGCUCAAAGAUCGAAUGGAUGGCAAAGAGUUUCACAGAAUGGAUCCAUGGUACAAGCAUUACAAAGGUGAUAUUUACUAUGAUAACAACACCUUUAAAUGUGACGGAAAGUUUGCUCAUAACCCUGCUGAAGGAAUUCUAAAAAUCACAGAGCUUCCUAUCAAGAAGUGGACCAGGGACUAUAAGAAGUUCCUUGAAGAGAUGCUGGACAAUAACAAGAUUUCUGAUCUCAGAGAGUAUCAUGGAACUAAUCAAGUAGAAUUUGAGAUCUACUAUGAUGAAGGAAGCAACGGAUUUGACUCAAAAUUGUUUAAAGACACUGAAUCUAUCAUGAAGUACUUCAAGCUCACUACUACAAUUUCAGACAAGAACUUUGUCCUGUUCAACAGCGAAAACAAGCUAAAGCUCUACGCUGAUGAGACUGAGAUCCUGGAUGAGUUCUAUGAUGUCAGACUCAAACUCUAUGAGACCAGGAAAGAUUACAUGAUCAGAAAACUUGAGUGCGAUCUUGAAAUUCUUGAAAACAAAGAAAGAUUCAUUGGUGAAGUUGUUGAUGAGACCAUUAUAGUCAACAAAAAGAAGAAGAAAGAAUUGUUAAGCAUCCUAAGUGAAAGAGGUUACUCUAGACACUCUCAUAUCAUUGCUAAGAUUCCUGAAGAUAAUGCCAUGAAGGGCGACGUGGAUUUAUCAGAAAGUGACAAUGAUGAGGACAGGAAUCUCGAAGAUGAAGAAGAAAAGCUCCUUGCUACAGAUUACAACUACCUUCUGAACCAAUCCAUCUGGAGUCUAACUGAAGAAAGAAUCGAGGCUCUCAGGCAAGAGAGACUGAAGAAGGAAGAAGAGAUCGAGAAGCUUAAAGAGCUAGAAAUCAAAGACAUCUGGAGAUCUGACCUCGAUGAGAUCCUUAAAGAACUCAGAAAGAUAGAUUCGAAAGAAAUCAAAGAUAUGGAGAAGGCUAACAAUAAAAUGGAGAAACUCAAGAAGAAGGGUAAGCCUAAGAAGAAGGGAAAGAAGAGAAAAAUCAGCACUGAUAGCAAUAUCUCCAGCUUCAUUGAAAAGCCUAAGGUUGAGAAGAAGCCACCUCCCAAGAAAGACCGCAUAGGUGGUAAAAUCAAAGAUGCUAAAGCUCUUAAGGCUAAAAAGGACUUAAACAAGCAUCUUAGUGGCGCGAAGAGUAAGAAAACUAGCGAAAAAUCAGUCACAGACCAGGAUUCCAACCAGCUAUCAGCCCAGGAUAUCGAAGAGCUACCUCUAAUCGAGAGAAUGAAACUUAAGAUGAAGAUGAAGGAUAUUGAAGAAAGAGAAGAGAAAAAGGAUAUCAAAGAGUCUGAAAGUGAAAGCGUCUCCAAAGUACAUGAGAAAAUGGCUGAAGAAAGAAAGGAAUUCAAGAAGAGAAGAAUGAAGAGAAAGAGGUAAUAUCUCCUCAGAAGGUGACUCAAAAGAGAGCAGCUGCCUCCAGAGCCAAGAUCAACUACCAAGAGUCAAUUGGCUCUUCUUCUGAGUCAUCUUUUACUAUUGAUUAACUUCAGUCAACAUUUAUUA